CGCAGCUGCGAGCCCCCGCAAGGGCCCGAGCCGAACGCGCAGGCAGUGACGUCGUGCGCAUGCCCGUGUCGGGGACGGCCAGCUGCCAGUGGGAGCGGAGAGGGAGAAAAGGGAUAAAAGCGGCCGAAAAGCAAAAGCGAAAUGCGGGGUAAAGUGAUGCUUCGUGGCCUUCUGACUUGAAGAGGAGAGUGGGAGUUACCAUUCCUGCCUAGACCUCUUCAAAUCCUAAGGAUAUACCUUUUGACGACCCCCCCCACCCCCACCAACACCAACACCAACACUGGAACCAGCAUUUCUUGUAUUGAAAAGAGGCUGAAAAUGGAGAGGACUUCUGGACCUUGAUGUGGGGUGAGGCAGGUGCAGGUGGGAUGAUGGCGAGCCAAGGAAACGGAUGUGUUUUUUUUACCCUUAUUUUUUUCCUGUAGUAUUUUUCCUUUGUAUCACUAGAGGGUCGAACUCUUUCUGUUUAACUUUUUUGCCAAACUAAACUUUUUUUUUUCUUCUUUUUUUGGCCUUGAGAAUAAAAAAUGCUGAUCUGCCCCCUAAGGCCGGCAUAGUGGGCAACUUUACCUCUGUUCCCUGCUAACACUCCCCCCCCCCCCCCGGGGCUCUGAAUGGUUGCCUUUGAGAUUGCUGCCGUGACCCAGAGGGGUCAGUGAUGGGGAGCACCUCAGGAAGGGGGGGUGGGGGUCUGCGGGGGCUCAGGUGUAUGCCAUGGAAAGUGAGCAGGCGGAAACAGGGUGGAUGUGGUGGUGGGGUGACUGACAGGGAGGUGGACACUGUCUCACAUCACUCCCUGACCCCGCCCCCGGCUCCGUCCAUUUACCAUGAGAAACAGCGGAGGGAGCUGUGCGCUCUGCACGCACUCAAUAACGUCUUCCAGGACGGUGGAGCCUUCAGCAAGGACACUCUGCAAGACAUUUUCCAGAGGCUCUCUCCCAGCACCCUGGUGACCCCCCACAAGAAGAACGUGCUUGGCAAUGGCAACUACGACGUCAAUGUCAUCAUGGCGGCGCUACAGACACGUGGCUUCGAGGCUGUCUGGUGGGACAAGCGCAGGGAUGUGUGCAGCAUUGCCCUGGAGAAUGUGACCGGCUUCAUCCUGAACGUUCCCUCCAACCUACACUGGGGGCCUCUCCGGCUCCCCCUCAAACGCCAGCACUGGAUUGGCGUGCGGGAGGUGGGUGGGGUCUACUACAACCUGGACUCCAAGCUACGCUGCCCCGACCCCAUCGGCUCCCCCGAAGAGCUCAGGAAAUUCUUACGACAUCAGCUGCGAGGGAAGAACUGCGAACUCUUGUUGGUCGUACCCGAGGAGGUCGAAGCUCGCCAGACGUGGAGGACGGACACAAGCUGAGGGUCUCCGUGGCGACCGGUCAGUCAGCGCGUGGACUCGGAGGAGGGGGGUUUGAGGGGCCGGCGGAUGCACGUCAGUCAGACCCCCGCCCAAGACUGUUGGAGAGAAACCCUAUGGAUGAGUUUGUGGGUCCAGCAUCUGAGACAUGGAUCAUAUGAACAUUAUUGGGUCUUUGAAAGCAUAUUGUAUUUAUUUUUAUGAUUUCAUUUUUUUUCCUCCUGCCAUUGUUGGUCUUUUGAAAAUGGGAAUGCAGCAAUGUCUCUUACGACUUCAUGCUGUUUGCAGUUGUGUAGCUUAUCUUCCUCCCACACAUGCGUAUAUCUUUGCUUUUUUUAAAAAAUCUUCAUUUCCUUUCAGCCCCCCCAGCCACAUCUCUUGUGUCCACCCGUGUGUUCAUGUGAGGCCUUCCCCUUGUAUGUAAUCGGCACGUUCGCUGCAGCUCCGGCAUGUCUCCACGGAAACCAGCACGGACGCGGCGUUGCCAGGACGCGGGCUCCAAACUUCUGCAAACUGACAGUGUGUCUGUUUCUUUGAAACGUAUUCCAAUUUAAAAUGUUUUUUUUUUUCUGCUUUUGAGGAUCUGAGGGAAAAAUCAGGUUCCUGAAGGGAAAUGACAACCUGUACCAUUUAAUUUUGACUGAACUUUGCAGUAAAGCAGGGGGUCUCCAACUUCCAUCCUGGGGAGCCCCAGCCCUGCACAUUUUUGGGUUGCCCCUCAUUUAACACACCUGAUUCAACUCCUCUGCUAAUUACCACCCAUUUCUUGAGUUGAAUCAGGUGUGGUGGAACAGGGAACGAACCAAGCUGUGCAGGGCUGGGGUUCUCCGGGAUGGAAGUUGGAGACCUCUGUAGUACAGGGAUAUGCUGCAGUUUUGCUACCCUCACAUUGCGCACCCCUGCCUGGGGUUGAUUUCUAAUGACUAACCAGCACAGCGCUGUUUGUGGGUGGAGCCAGUUAGCAGUUCUGAGGCUGCGAUGGCCACUCUUACCCAGCAUGCCCUGUGGGAUACGCUCAGCCCCCCCACCCCCCAGGUGCUGCACACUCGCCUCUCAGCACAGUCUCAGAGAGGCUGUGAUUGCGUUUGUUGGUAACUGUAAUUUAACACACUUGGUGUGUUUGAUUGUGUGAUCUGGGAAACACUAUAUCAUAACACCCCCCUUUAAUCUGGGGUCUUAUGACAGAAAUUAGGUUAAUGUACUGUGAGACAUGUGUCCAACUGAAGAGACUUUGUAUUUUGCUGGAGAUUGAUUAAUACUAAGCACUUGAUGGCUGGAAAUGUAAUAUUCUACUAUUCAAGUGUAUCAGCAGCACUACAAGAGAAUAUUUGCGGGGGCUGUAAAGCCAGUUCUGUGUUAGUGGCGAGGUAUGACCAGAACCUCCCUUAAUAUGUCCUCUUUCCCAGGGACAGGAUCAGGAACUAAUGUGCAACUAAUAUACAGUGUUUUAUUAGUUUGCACAUCAACACAGGUAACCAUAAGAUUGGACGGGUAUGAUUAAAAUGUGAGUACAGAGUACAGAGGACCAAAAGGAGCAUAACCCUGAGGACUGAUGGAAAACCGGAUCUCUCUGAAAGUUUUGUGGCUCAAAGUGGAUGCUAUUCAGAACGACGAGUGGUUGUGGAGAAUCUGUAUAUAUGAUGUAAAAUUCACAAUCAGGGACAGCCUUAACACCAGUAGAUAUUUAACUGCAUACUUUAUUGGUUGCAUGUAGUGCAUAAAAGUACGUAAGUAGAGAUUUCUUUACCCACGAACCAUGGUGCAUUGAAAUGGGCUGAGCACGUGUUACUUAUGCUUUAUUUCAUUUUUUUAUUUUUGGCUAAGACAAUCCGUCCAGCCCAUUCUCUGAGACUGUCCUCCUCUUCUACUUGGAGUACAAAAGGUGUUUGUUAUUGUUUUCUCCCAAAAAAUAAUAAAAUUUAAUGACUGAAUUGUA